AUGCAUUGCUGGAUACCCAAAACCCAAACCGAAUCAAAGCCAAAUCUCCUCCUAAUCCAUGGCCUCGGAGCAACUGCACUAUGGCAAUGGAGCUUCUUCAUUCGCAAGCUAAAUCAUCUCUUCAACGUAUACGUACCGGACCUCGAGUUCUUCGGAAGAUCCUACACGACUCGACCGGAGCGAACUGAGGCGUUUCAAGCUGAAUGUGUGAUGAAGGUAAUGGAAAUGAAGAGUGUGAAGAGUGUGAGUGUUGUUGGGUUGAGUUAUGGUGGGUUUGUGGCGUAUAGUAUGGGGGUGAAGUACGUGGAGUUUGUGGAGAGAGUUGUGAUAUGUGGGUCUGGGGUUUGUUUGGAAGAGAGAGAUUUGAAAGAAGGUGUUUUUCCUGUUUAUGAUUUGGAUGAGGCUGCUGAUGUUUUGGUGCCGCAAACGCCGGAUAAGCUUAGGGAGCUUUUUGGAUAUGCCUUUUUUAAAUCUCCUUCUUUGGCUUGGUUGCCAUCUUGCUUUUUACUUGAUUUCAUUCAUGUAAUGUGCAGGGAUUAUGUAAAAGAAAAAAGAGAAUUGAUCAAAGCCAUUGCAAAGGGUAGAAAUCCUUCUGACCUCCCUAAGAUGUCUCAGCCUACAUUAAUCAUCUGGGGAGAACAUGAUCAAGUAUUUCCUUUAGAACUUGGUCACAGAUUGAAAAGGCAUUUAGGGGACAAGGCUGAAAUAAAGAUCAUCAAGAAUGCAGGGCAUGCAUUUUGUAUGGAAAAGUCUAAAGAAUUCUUCACUAUCUUGAAGUCCUUUCUAGUUGAGUCACAGUUGCAAAAUAUGUUUCAUGUGUGA